UUUUUCUUAUUGAUUGGAUCCAAAUAAUUUGGCAUUGAACUUUGGCAGUUCUGCUAUUGUUGAGGAUUGUAUUUUUUUUCCGCCGUUCUGCUAUUGUUGAAGAUUGUAUGUGGUGCCACUAUUGAUUUCAUGACCAUGUCCAAUUAGAUGUAUGUCUGUUUGGAAUCUAAUAUGUGAGGCCAAUUUUGAAACUUUUUACUUUCUUAAAGCAAAGCUAUUUGAUUCAGUUGUGCUCAGUAUCAAGUCAUCAACCAAAGUGCUGGCAUAUGGCUUGUGAAGGCUUCUAGUAUCGCAAUCACAGGGCAAAUUGGCUGUCUCUUUGUUUUCGUUUUCCAUGUAGAGAUAUGUGGGAUGGCACAUCAGGAAGAAUAUGUUGUUGUUUGCUUAAAUACUAAUUCCAUCAUAUGUUACUUCUUGGUUACAUCCAUCUGUCUUUUUACAAAUUUAUCAAAAGCUUACGUGGAAGUGCAUUUUGGAACUUUAAAUGCCUGAAGAUGGUUUCUAAUUUACCUUAUGCAUUGGAAUUUGGGAGGACAUGUUUUGAUAAAAUUACACCUUUAGUUGGUCCAUGUUUAUUUAUGUCCUUCCUAUUCUGAUUGCAUAAUUUUGUUCGGCAUCGUCUUAGGAGCCAUAAGGCCGAAGCUGCUAUUGGGAAGCACAGGCAAUCAUAGAUGAGCACCCAAGACAGCAGGGCACUUCCGAUUAGGUAUACAAGGAAUCACUCAAGAAGGAAGACGUUACUGGAUGUAGAUCUAAACGUUGCACCCCCAUCUGAUAUUAGGGAUCAGGAAGGACCUUCAAGUCAUGUUGUUCCUGGGGUUGUGCCACCUGUACAAAGAGGUGCUUCUUCGACACCUGCCCCAAUUGAUGUUGAGGCACUUGAUGAUGAUGUGGUGAUAAUAUCUUCCCCAAGGGCACUUGCAGAAGCAAAAAAUAGCAACAUCAGGACUCUUGGACAGAUUAUCCUUGUUGAUGAGGAUUCUGAGGAUCAUUUGCCGAAGUUUAACAGUCGCAACAAGCGCAGAAGAGUCUCAACAAAUCAGUCAGCAUCAAUUGGUGACAUUUACAUAAACCUAGAAGCAAAUAGCAGCUUAAAGGCAGUCACUGCAGAGAGUGCAAUACCACCAAAGCCAAUUCAACCCACAUUUAGCUGUCCAGUAUGCAUGGGAACCUUAGUUGAGGAGAUGUCAACGAAAUGUGGUCACAUCUUCUGCAAGGCUUGCAUCAAGGCUUCCAUAGCUGCUCAAGGUAAAUGUCCUACUUGUAGGAGGAAAAUUGCCAUGAAAGACACAAUACGGGUGUAUCUUCCUGCCGCAAGUUGAGAUAAUAGAGGGGGCGGCCACCAUUUUAUUUGGCCUACGGAGGAAUUACCUGUAGAGGCUUCUUGUUAAACUACAUGGAUUGAGGAAAUAUUGGAGGUUUCGGGAGAGGCAUUGUUGGGUGGAAGUAUAAUUGCUGUUCAUUGUUAGACUGGAUAUUUUGGAUGUAGCUAAUAUCGUGCUUUUUUCUUCGCUUUCAAAAACUAGCUAGUGGAAACUAUGAAGUUCUUGAACUUCUGUUUUUUACAUUCUAGCUCUUGUUUACUUGACUUAUUAUCAGUUCCGGAAUUAUUGUUCAGUCCUUGUGGAAAAAACUGUGAAUGGGAAAAAUGAAAAAAGAUUGGUUAGAAACCAUGGUAUUUGAGGGUAAA